GUCAUCGCCACUUUUUAGCAGACGGCGUUUCUGGCUUUCGAUUUUCGUUUUGUCCGCGCACGUUCGUCUUUUGAUAAGAUACAUUCAGGAUAUAUUGCAAGUGACAUUCAUUCUAAGUUUGGUGAGACGCACGGCGGUUUACUUCAUAGUUCUGGCAUCGAACAGAAGGAGAAAUUAAAGUGACACACGGGCGAGCUGCAGAGAUAUGUCGAACGAAAUCAACUUCGACUGCGACGCCGCGGUAUCGGCGCUGUCGUUCAACCUCGAGGAGCUCUCGCUGCGUCAGCAGAGGGACGCCGAUUACGAGAAGGAAGUCGACAGCUUGGAACGCAAGAAAUUUCGCUUGGAAGCGCGUUUGAGGGCCAUCGACCUCAAAGUCGAGCAACUUCGCAGAGACGCCGCUCGACAGGAGUCGGCCAUCUUGCGAGAGCUGGAACGCGAGGCCGCGUCGCUGAUGCAAGAAGUGUCCAAAGCUAAGGAAGAAGCACGUGCGCUGGAACGCCAGUGCUCGCAAGUGGAAGCGAAGUGCGACGCGCUGGAAAAACAGAACGCCGAACUCGGGAGCGCAGCGGCGGAUCUGGAGAGAAGAGUCGAAGAGCUGAAGUCGCAGGACUCCAAUGGCGUCGCCGAAGGAUUCAAGAUGAGAAAGCUGCUGCAGGAAUUUCGCUUUGAGGUCGCUCAGCUGGAGCAAGAGCAGCGCGAGCUGUGUGAAGCAGAGCGCCAGUCCAGGACCCGCGUGGAGUCGCUGCUCGCCGAGAGGGGUCAGCGCGUCAACCUCACGCGUCGACUCGAGGCCGACAACGACGCGCUGAGGCUGGCGUUGAUCGAAGCCAGAUCCCGGUUGGCCUGCGGUCCACCAGGUCGUAGCCGGGCCAGUCGUCGCCCUGCCAAAGACGGUGGCGCCGCUACAGGGAAAGCUGACUUCCGCGUGGGCGGCGCUGACGGCGACGACAACCAGCGGCAGUCGUUGCAGGAGAUACACCAGCAGCUGUGGGACGUCAUCGUCAGGACGCGCGGCGAGUUCGCUGCGCUGCUGAAGAGAGUCCGCUGUCGUGACACCAGGAAUGCAGCCGUGCAGACGGACCGGGAACCGAACGAGAAUCGCCCCGAGCAGGCCGCACCUUGAAGCUUUGUUGGCCAUUAGCAGUGUCAGUGCAGGGCGCCACUGACAGUGCUGGUUUUCAGAUAAAACGUAUAUACGCAUUGUUAUUUUGAAACCGAAAGCUUUCUUGUUUGAAAUAAAGGGAUGUACUCGAGAGAAACACUAUAA